GUUUGAAAUCUGGUUCUGCCACUUCCCAGCAUUGUGACCUUGGCAGGCUGAGCCACCAAAGCUCCGGGAUCAGGGGGAACAAAAGCCAAGGGAAAGCAGAGUGCUGACGGGGCCAGAGGCUGCCGGCCGCGGGGCUAUAAAGCGCGGGAGCCACCGAGGAAGCGGCACCAGAUGGAGACCCAGACUGUGCAGCAGGAGCUGGAAUCCCUUCCAACCACCAAGAUGGCUCAAACUAACCCCAUGCCGGGGUCUGUGGGGCCAUGGAAGAUAACCAUCUAUGACCAGGAGAACUUCCAGGGCAAGAGAAUGGAAUUCACUAGCUCCUGCCCAAAUGUCUCUGAGCGCAAUUUUGACAAUGUCCGGUCUCUCAAGGUGGAAUGUGGAGCCUGGGUUGGUUAUGAGCAUACCAGCUUCUGUGGGCAACAGUUUGUCCUGGAGAGAGGAGAGUACCCUCGCUGGGAUGCCUGGAGUGGGAGCAAUGCCUAUCACAUCGAGCGCCUCAUGUCCUUCCGCCCCAUCUGUUCAGCUAAUCAUAAGGAGUCUAAGAUUACCAUUUUUGAGAAAGAAAAUUUCAUUGGACGCCAAUGGGAAAUCAGUGACGAUUACCCCUCCUUGCAAGCCAUGGGUUGGUUGAACAACGAAGUUGGCUCCAUGAAGAUACAAUGUGGGGCCUGGGUUUGCUACCAGUAUCCUGGGUACCGUGGCUAUCAGUAUAUCUUGGAAUGUGACCAUCAUGGAGGAGACUACAAACACUGGAGAGAGUGGGGUUCUCAUGCCCAGACUUCCCAGAUUCAAUCCAUUCGCCGUAUCCAACAGUAGUGGAUUAAAAGCUCCAAGUAAGAAUUCCUCAAGCAUGAGACCUUCCUAAACAAUCUAGAAUAAAAUAUAUGUUCUGCUGAUAUUGCUUCCAAAUGUUAGCUGCUGAAAUCCACAAUAAAUGUCAUUAAAAAAAAAAAAAAA